AUGGAAAAUAAAUUAAAAUGUUCUGGACCUAAUGUACAUGAGAAAUCUGAUGUUGCAGAUAGUAAAGAUACUAUUCCAAUAUUGGAGGAAAAAAAUGCAUCAAAUUCAUCCUUAUCCUCAUAUAUUUCUAGUGCUACUGGGUAUAUGUCAGAUUUUUUUAGUAGCUUUUUAAAUGUUAAUGAAAAAGAUGGAGAAAAAAAAAAAGAUGAUGAUGAUGAUGAAGAAGAAAAAGGUAGUUGCCGUAAGAAGAAAUCAGCAUUAGAAGCUAUGAAGGAAGGUUCUAAAAAUAUCUUUACUAUGAAAACGAUGCUUAUGUUGUCACUAUUGUUUUUCGUUGCAACUAUAUUUUAUUUGUACAGAGAAGGCCAUUUUAAUGCAUUAAAAACCCUAGUUCCUGCGGGAUUUCUAGCUGGACAUGGUGCACACCAUGUAUGUACAUGCAAACAUAAAGCAGCACAAGCUGUGGGUAAUGCUGCAAAAGCAGUUGGGGGAUGCGCGUGCCAAAGAGCUAAACAAAUGGCAGAAGCAGCGGCUAGAGCGGCUGCUAACGCAUCAAAUAAUGCGGCAGUUGGAGCGGAAGCUGUUAGAGCUGGUGUUGGAGCGGAAGCUGUUUGA